CAGCAACGAAACAAGCACCACAACAACAACCCUAAUCCUCUUCCUCCUCCUCCUCAUCUGCCUCUUCCCCAGCCUCUUCCACCUCCUCUGGACGGCGCCCCUCGCCCUGCUCUUCCCCCCCACUAGCACCACCACCACCACAACAGACCAUAAACCACCCGGGUCACCAGCACAAACAAUGUGGUCGCAGAAACAGUUCACGCUGCCGGCGCGGGCGCGCGGCUCCUACCUCAUCACCGACACGGUGGUCAGGGAGCUGCCGGAGCUGCGGUCCUACAAGGUGGGGCUGCUGAACCUGUUUAUCCAACACACCAGCUGCGCGCUGAGCCUGAACGAGAAUUGGGAUGAGGAUGUUAGAGCCGACAUGAGCGAUACGCUGGAUAAGAUCGUGCCUGAGGCCGGGCCGAAUGGGGAGGCGUUGUAUCGCCAUGAUGCUGAAGGGCCUGAUGAUCUCCCUGCGCAUGUCAAGUCUGCGUUGAUCGGGGCGAGCGUAACGAUUCCCAUCAAGGAUGGAAAGCUGGCCACGGGGACGUGGCAAGGCAUCUGGUACCUCGAGUUCCGUGCUUCGAAGCACACACGCAAGAUAGUAGCCACCAUUCAGGGUGAGAAGGCAUGA